CAGUGCAUUCAGCUCAGUUACAAUCGGAGUACCAUCAGAAGAGGAUGGAUUACAUAAAAUCAAUGCUGGAUUCUUGGAUGAAGGCUCCAUCGAGGGCCAGACCCCAUCUCCGCAGUAAAUUUGCUGCAUCUCUGUGCCCCCUCACUGCCUUCUUUAUCCCCAGUGAAGGCUCCCUAUAUGCCACAAAGGCAUAUCAAGCCUCAUUCAGCAGGAUGAAGGCUCCAUCGAGGGCCAGACCCCAUCUCCGCAGUAAAUUUGCUACAUCUCUGUGCCCCCUCACUGCCUUCUUUAUCCCCAGUGAAGGCUCCCUAUAUGCCACAAAGGCAUAUCAAGCCUCAUUCAGCAGGAUGAAGGCUCCAUCGAGGGCCAGACCCCAUCUCCGCAGUAAAUUUGCUACAUCUCUGUGCCCCCUCACUGCCUUCUUUAUCCCCAGUGAAGGCUCCUUAUAUGCCACAAAGGCAUAUCAAGCCUCAUUCAGCAGGAUGAGUGCUCCCUCCUGGGCCUCUUUAAGAAGUGACCUUCCUUUUCCUGCCCCCGGUCUGUCAGAGGCUCAGAUCUACAGCCAGUACAGAGCUUUGCUAGAAGAGAGUGGACCCUCUGCCAGAGACAACUCUGCGCAGCCAAAGAGCAGCCAUAUUACUUCCUCUCCUUACAGAGGGUCAGGAGGCUCCUCGUGGAGAUCUAGAAAAAGGCUGUGUGUGGGUCCAGGCCACCUUUAAACAGUCACCAGAUGAGAGAGCUAAACACCACCAUGGAUGGUACCGAUGGCCAUGGCAUUUCAAAUUCAACCACAUGAUGCCUGGCAGGUCUACAAUCCUCCAUAUUUCACCCACAGAGGGAGAGAGUCAUAAUACUGACACACAAGUCUGCAGCUCUGAGCCAAUACAAUUCUCCUUCUCUGCAAACUUUGUACUAUAACAGCACAAAGAAACAGAUGCUAUCGGGGAUCAAAAUCCAUCUAAAUUCUCUCAGAUCAAAAACAGCACUAUUGGACUGCACCAGGACUCCUUAAGCCAAACCUGGAUAUUCUCCAUUGGGUAUCAGAGGAGCCUUGUAAAAGAUCUAAAAGCAGAGCCAUUCACUGCAGAGGGCUGCACUUCGAAUGCCAUGGUUUAGAACAAAUGGGACAUU